AUGCCGGUGCACCCGGAGCGCGUUGCUGGUGGAGGUGAAUUAGUUAUACCAGUGUUAGUAGAGGAUCCUUUAGAUACCCCUUCAAUAGCUACACGUACACCUUCCAUCACUCUCCCCCCUACCUUCCGACCACUCCUCACCAUAUUUGAGACCACCAAAGAUUCCCUGUCUGUGACCCCUGAGGCGGGGUUACCUUGCUUGUCGGACCAAGGCAGCGAUGGUUGUGAUGAUGAUGAUGAUGAUGGCUUGGUGAUAUCGGGGUAUGGCUCAGGGGAAACCUUUGACUCUAACUUGCCCCCUACCGAUGACGAAGAUUUUUACACCACCCUCUCCUUGGUAACAGAUAAGAGCCUUUCCACAUCAUUCUUCGAUGGUGGCUUCAAAUCACAGGCGCCCAAAUGGGGAUCAAAGGACUUUAGACCUAACAAAGCCUCCGAACCUGGUAGGACUUCUACCACAAGUUUGCCCCCUGAGCUGAUACGCUCCACGUCUUCAUCUGGGAUGGUGCCCAUGGUGCCAGCCGGCAAAAUGAAUAACCAUGAGCUCAAACCCCAGCCCGAUAUAGUCUUGCUACCGUUGCCCACUGCCUACGAGCUAGACAGCACAAAGCUCAGGAGUCCGCUAAUAACAUCCCCCAUGUUCCGUAAUGUGCCCACAGCAAACCCUACGAUGCCGGGAAGCAGACGGGUCCCGGGGGCUUCUGAGGUGGUCCGGGAGUCCAGCAGCACGACGGGAAUGGUCGUCGGCAUUGUUGCGGCCGCUGCUCUCUGCAUCCUGAUUCUCCUGUAUGCCAUGUACAAGUACAGAAACAGGGACGAGGGGUCCUACCAGGUGGACGAGACAAGGAAUUACAUCAGCAACUCCGCUCAGAGCAACGGGGCCCUUGUCAAAGAGAAACAGCAUAGCUCGAAAAGUGGCCACAAGAAGCAGAAAAACAAGGACAAGGAGUAUUAUGUGUAAAAAAUAACAGCGAGUAUUCAUAUCUAUGUAAUCAAAGCAAAUACAGAUGUGAACUGACAAAAGAAAAACUCAAUCAGCAACGGCAAAGUGUACAUUGCCAUUGAUGUGUAGAAAUAUAAAUUAUGUAAAGGGUAGAAGCAGCGGUGUCACCAGUGAAAGCUGCGGCAGUAGCAUCAGCCUAUGACAUACAGAGAGCUGCUACCAUUCUACCCAAGCUGGACAAAGCUAACUUUCUGCUCAACUGUAAUAUAAAGCACACUUACUCUUCUGUUUGCCGGGGACGGCAAAGUCAAAACAUGAAAACCAUGCACACAGACCAACCGACCGACCAACCGGAAAGUCUAGUGACCUCCAGCUAGCAGUUGUAGGGCUCUCUUCUCCAUCUGUGUGGACCCAGCUCAGAGCCCCUGUGAUCACUAACACCCUGAGAGAGCCUUAAAAUAACUAAAGUGACACAACUAAAAAGACUCGUAUGUUAUUUAUUUCAUUUUUAUGUUUCUGGGAGCUUCACUUACUUUAUUUUCUUGUAUUUUUUUUUUCCAAAGUCCUCCCAUCUUUAUUUAUAAUGAAAAAACAAACAAAAAAAAAAAACACCACAUGGCCAAAACGCAGCCAUGUACAGCCAAGGAACUGUAAACUUCAUGUACAACAGCAGCCGUGUGCGAGCGUGUGCCUGUGUGUGGAAUGUCUGUGGAUGAAGAUUGUUGCCAUAUAGAGAAAUCACAGCGUGUUCUCUCUUCAUAUCAGGUUGUGGUGUCUAUAGAACAUAUCGUUUUCAGUACAUUGAACCUAAAAAAAACAAACUAUUGUCGGAAAAGAAGGAUCGGCGAGGGUUGGGUCUGUUGUGAGAUCUGGCCCGCGUCUUUACUCACAUAGAACUCUCACAAGGCUGAACGCGCCAAUGUGAAAAGGGACGCCGCCGUCCUGACUGGUUACAGCCAAACAACAUCCGUAAAAAGGAGCCGGAAAAGUCAAGAAAAGGGAGAAAAGAAAAAUUGAGCAUUAAAAAAAAACAAAAAACAAAACUUCCACAAAAGGGAAGAAUGUCGGAGAGUUUCUUUUGCGUUCUGGUUUUGUGACUUCCUGCGAUGCAUGCAAAAAAUAAAA